ACCGACUGGUUUGAGACCCUCUUCUCUUCCCUCUCUAAAAGCAAUGAAUGAAGAAAGGCCCUCCCCUUCUGCACUUUGUAAUUGCAAUAUUUACUGCAAAUUUCCCCUUCCUGCAUACUUCUUGGGAUUUUUCCUCACAAUUAAUACAUUUCCUGUCCUCAAUUUACACUCUCCUUCUACCCAUUACUUCAAUUCCAUUCAAUUCUCUCUUCCUUCCACUUCUCUCUCCUCUCUCUCUCUCUCUUUCUCUCCCUUCCUUCAAUUAAUUUAAUUAAGCUUUUAAUUUUACUACCUCCUCUUCCCAUUUCCCCCUUGUAUAAAAUGCCCUGAAUAUCCAUUCUCAAACACACCGAUCACUUUCCUGGAUUCUUUCUCUUUCUUCUCCUCCACCAACCUCCUUACACUCUGGCGAAAAGAAACAGACGAGUAACCCACCGUUAACCGUAACCGUAACUGUAACAACCAUGAGUCGCAGGAACGGUCCGAAGCUCGACCUGAAGCUGAACCUCUCUCCUCCAAGGGCAGACCGGAGGAGGCUGGAGUCUCCGGCACGGUCGACAACGGCAUCUCCGACGUCGCCGCCGAGCUCAUGCGUUUCCUCUGAGCUCAACCAAGAAGACAGCAGCAACAACAACAACCUUCGAUACUCCAACAGCCCUGAAGCAACAUCAAUGGUUCUCGUAGGAUGCCCUCGCUGCCUCAUGUACGUGAUGCUCUCCGAAGAUGACCCCAAGUGCCCCAAAUGCAAGAGCACCGUCUUACUCGAUUUCCUCCAUGACAACACCACCAACGUUAGGAAGAAUUAGCUAGACUUUUCUUAUUUUUAUUUUUUUAAAUUUCCUUUUUAGCUUCCCCUGUUUUUUAAUUGCUCUGUUUCCGCUAGUUUUCUUUAAUUUCGUAGUAUUAGAACAAUUAUUAGAUAGUACCCCGUUUUAAUUUUAAUGCUAGGUCUUUUUUUUCCCCUCUAAUAUAACUAUUUUAAGUUAAUAUCUGCACUUUGUAUAUGAGUAGUGCUACGUGCGCUCUGCUUUGCCUUCUUUCCUCUUCUACUUUGAUUGAUGGAAUUCCAACAAUUUUGUCAAAGCAGAGGGAGACAAAGAGUGGAGCGUAAAUAGCACUAUUCUAAUUAUUUAUAUAUAAGAAAAAAAAAAGGAACUUACUUUGAAAUUCAGAAGGAAAAAAAUUUGCUAGCAGUAUCUUGUAUCUAUCUAGCUAUCUAUCUAUCUAUAUUCUAUAUGGAGGAAUCCUGUGCUUGGAUCAGAUUUUCCUACUAUUUUAUCAGCAACAAAGUGC